AAGUGAAAAACGGGCAUGCGGCCUUCUAACGUUAAUCUUUUUCGAAAACACUUUAAUAUUUAGUUUGAAACUGAAAUGAGCCAUUGCACUUUUCUACACAGUUGUCUGAUUGAUCAGCCUGAACCCGCAAAGCUGUUGAGCUACAAGACAAGCCCAGACACCUAGCCUACCAUCAUGGCAGAUCAUGAUCAUGACUUCACCAGUGGAGACUCUGGGGCUUCCACAACUUACCCCAUGCAAUGCAGCGCCCUGCGCAAGAACGGCUUUGUCGUUCUCAAAGGACGUCCAUGCAAGAUAGUGGAAAUGUCAACCUCCAAGACUGGCAAGCAUGGUCAUGCCAAGGUCCAUAUGGUUGGAAUUGAUAUCUUCACUGGCAAGAAAAAUGAAGAUAUUUGCCCCUCCACCCACAACAUGGAUGUUCCUAAUAUUAAAAGGGUUGAUUACCAGCUGGUCAACAUUUCCGAUGGGUUCCUCACCCUCCUGAAAGACAACGGAGAUCUUCGUGAGGACCUUAGACUGCCAGAAGGUGACCUGGGAAAAGAGAUCGAGAGCAAAUUCGAAGCUAAUGAAGACAUUAUGAUCUCUGUCCUGUCUGCCAUGGGAGAGGAGUGUGCUGUUGCGGUCAAGGCCAUGACCAAGUAACCAGGCAGGGGCAGGCUAAUUGGGCUAACGCCUAUAACCAGAAAGUAUAAAGUGUUGGUUUUGAAGUGGCACCAAAGCUACGGCCUUGGAUAAACAACCUUGAAUCAUUUCAGUUCAAACCCAAAACCGCGUUGGACCCUCUCCCAUACCGUCUCCUAAUCUGAUGGCUAAUUGGUUAUCUCCCGAACCAUCUCCUAACCCCCCCCCCCCAAACCCCUUCUCACCUCAACACCCCCACCACACACACACACACACACAUCACCACCACCCUUCCCAUUCUGUUCCACUCCAAUCAUUUAAUAUCCACUGCACCCCUACCCCCCCCCACCCCUCCCCGCGUCAACAUUCCCUUUGAAAAACACAAAUUAACGUACAUGAAAUGUGUAUCCUUUCCUUCUUUGCCGUGUUAUCAUUCCUUUCCUUCUUUGCCGUGUUGUCAUUCCUUGUUUCGGUGGGGAGCAUGCUUGGUUUCGGAAGCUGUGAAAUGCUGCGAGAGCACUUCAUCCAGCGGAUGCAUCUCUGUUGUCAUGGCAGGCUUCAGUCCCGGCAUGUUUGCUCAGAUCAGUCCUGCCCCGUGGCCUAUGCCACCGAGCUACCACCUUCCCCCGACACAUUCCCCAAACCUACCUCCAUCACUGAUUUUGGUCGUAGGUAGCAAGCUUUCUGAAGCAGACGCAACGGUGCAGUGAUCACCUUGCCAGUGUGUUCCACCUGAUUGGCAGCAGUGUUUCCCCCACGGUCCAGUCUGCCUUAAACAGAUUCUUAGUCUAGAUCAAUAAAAUGAAGGAGAAAACGAAACCUAAGAAACAGCCACGGAUGAGCUUGCCCCAUGCACAAUUUACCUCUGAUUUACGACAACGAAAAAAGUUGGUGUGGCGUUCUGUAUUUGAAAAAAAAAAAAACUAUAACAAAACCUACCACCACCAUGCUCAAAGCCUGUAUCGGUCAUCUAGGUAGCUAGGCUCUUUUUUUAUUUUGAAUGUUGCACUGGCACCUUGUUAUGGGCUUGAGGAGAAGGCAGCCAGGAGAAAUGAAUAUUUGCAUUUUUGUUCUCACUCGAGGCCUUUUGUCACCAGACUAAGGAGAGUUAACGUUAACUGUAAACCCCCUCCUUCCCCUCCAAAAAAAUAUACUAUUUCAAAAAGUAUUUCAAUUUUUUUUUUUUCCACGUUGAUUGAGAAAUUGAGGCGAUGCAAGUCGCCUUGUUUACGUUCAUGAGUUCAGUAUUUGAUGUUUGUCCCACUAGAGCAGUCCAAGGACUACUCAAUUGGCCCCUGGAAUCUUGGGCUUUUACAGAAGUGGGGAUUGUUUCUUAGAUUGCAGUAAUUACGUUACAGUUGUGAUAAUUGCAUCCCCCUCCUUACCUGUCAGAAUAUAGAGGAAUUGCAUUUUUUCUUUUUUAUUGAUUGGGAUUCACUUGACCAGUCUUGAGGCAACAGUGCUCCCAUUUGCAAUGGGUUGACCCUGCAGGACCACUACACUUAAGCAGUGUGCCCUAAGCCAUACUACAAUGUCAUAAACACUUAGCACUUCAUUAGCCUGGCUCUUUUUGGAGGUUAAUGUGUAAACUCUUCUUUUUUCCUUCCUGUAGUGGCCGAUAGACUGUAUAUUAAAAUUACACUGAAGCAAUGGUAUCUUCAGUUCAUGUGUAAUAUUGAAGUCCUGUAGCUCAAGUUUAAAUUGUGGUCGUAUUCAUUUUGUGAGCACUUGAUGUUCAAAAGGAACAUAAUUUUUUUUUUUUUUUUUUUUUUUUUUUGGAGAGCUCAGUUUGGUACCUUAGUUUCUUGCUUUGUUGUAUGCAAGUUUGUAGCUCCCAAAAAACUAAACAUAGCUCAACAUGUACUGUAUGUAGAGCGUCAACAUGUUUUAUUUUCUGCACCUGUAGAAGGAUGUAUAUUAGGAGAUUCUGAAAGUUGCUGUUUUAAAAUGUUGAAUAGUAAAUCUGAUUGCUGCCCCAACCAAAACCGUACGUUUUCAUUCCACUGUGAUUUGCAGAGUGCGUCCUCUUGUCUUGGGAAGCCACUGGUUAAGCACAAGCUGAAAACUAAUGGCACUCACAACUUCAGAAGCCUUAUCAAGCAUUCCUUACCCCGUCACUGCAUAUCUUAGGUGGAGCCAUAGAAGUAGAGCUCUCAGUUAAACCACUGAGGUCAAAGCUUGCACUCUGCUAUAGAGCUUAACUGUCUUUAUCUUUUAUUUGUUUUUCCCCCUCGAUCUGGCAAGACACUGCACCAACAAAAUACACCAUCACCCAUUUACCAUUGGGGUAUUAACAGGUAGAUAAGUAGCUGUUUGGCUUUCUUUAUUAUUAUUAUUUUUGGUUAAAAACCCAAAUUUUUGCAGAUUGCUUCCAGUGACCAAUUCCGUCUGGAUUUUUUUUUUUUUCUUUCUAAUUCACACUGUACCCCAUGGAACCUUCCCCCCUCCACUUUUGUUGUAACAUUAGUAUUUACAUGGUUUGCAUGAAGAGAAAUCAAAUAUAAGGCGUACAUCGCAGAUAUCCUAGCAUGGAGUGUUGCGUAAGGACCUGGAAUGUUCCACUUGAUAAGGUUUUUGAAACUCACAUGGGCUGUGCAAAAUGUAGAGUUGGGAUCUAAGCAAGCUUCUGUGAGGAUGGGCAUAGAUUUCACUGCCGUCAUUGAUGGCCCUUAUUUAUCUGAUGUAUGUUCUGUGGCCUGUAUCGCAUCUUGGGACACAUUUUGGCCCUUUCAUAGCACUGUAGGAUCUUAACUUGUAAAUACUUAAAUUACUCAUCCUGAGAGCAUUAACACUACAAUAUCGAGAGGUUUGUCGGAGAUGCUCAUUGACUGAAAUUCCUUUGCGCUUGCUUUUGAUGGACAUGACAAUGUUUGUAUGCGUGUCUGCUGCCAUUUUUUUUUCUCUCUUCUCCAAGACUGACACUAAGGACAAAUCAUUUGGUUUUCCAAUCAGUUUCCAUUCCUGGCGUGUUCCUCUGUGAAGACUUUGGUUUUGUGACCUUGAGGGCAGAUGGUUUCUUCUUCACCUUAGGUCCCAGCAAGUCAUUUCUUGUUUAGUCAUUGGAAAGUAUGGGUGUGCUUGCAUUUCCUGACCACAACCAUUCAUUAAAAAAUCAACCGAU